AUGGAAAAAUAUAAUUUGAAAGAAGAUAAUAUCAUGGAUCAAGAUAAUAGUGACAAUCCAAAUUAUUGUGACAAUCCAAAUUAUUGUGACAAUCCAAAUUAUUGUGAUAAUCCAAAUUAUUGUGACAAUCCAAAUUAUUGUGAUAAUCCAAAUUAUUGUGAUAAUCCAAAUAAUUGUGAUAUUCCAAAUAACUGUGAUAUUCCAAAUAAUUGUGAUAUUCCAAAUAACUGUGAUAUUCCAAAUAAUUGUGAUAUUCCAAAUAAUUGUGAUAAUCCAAAUAAUUGUGAUAAUCCAAAUAAUUAUGACAAUCCAAAUAAUCAUGAUAAUCCAAAUAAUCAUGAUAAUCCAAAUAAUCAUGAUAACCCAAACAAUAAUGAUAACCCAACUAACAAUGAAGAAUACAUGAACAACUUAUUAAUAAAAGAAGGAGAGGAUUAUAUUGAUGAGAAUUUGUUGGCAUAUACAAGAAAUGAAUUUCUUUAUGCAUAUAAAGAAUUAAUAUUAGAAAAAAAAGGUCUAGGAGAGGACCAUGAAUUACCUUUAUGUAGUAAUAAAUUUAAAUUUCCAGAAUUAGAAAAACAUUAUCGAAAUUUUGAUGAAGAUAAUGAUCAACAAUAUAAUGUAUCUUUUGAUAGAGAAUUUGAUAAUAGGAGGUUAAAUGAUGAGCAUGAUUUUCAUAAUGAAAAAAAUAGAUAUAAAAAUAGAAACGAAUUUUUUUACAACAAUAAUAAUAAUAAUAAUAACAAUAAUAAUAAUAACCAUAAUAAUUAUAACAAUAAUAAUAAUAAUGAAAGAAACGAUUUUUAUUCUAGAAAUAAUUUAAAUGAUUCUUUUGAUUCUUUAAAUAAUAAUGAUAAUAACAAUAAUAAUAAUAUGAAUAGGAGAAAUAACUUUUCUAUACGUAAUAAUAAAUUUAAUAAAUUUAAUGACAAUAAUAUGUCAAACAUAAAUAAUAAUCAUAAUAAUAAUAAUUUUGAUCAUAACAAUAGAAAUAGUUAUAAGAAGAGUAAUUAUGCUACAGAUAAUAAUAAUAUGAAUAAUAUGAAUAAUAUGAAUAAUGUGAAUAAUAUGAAUAAUAUCAAUAAUAUGAAUAAUAAUAACAAUAAUUUAAAUAAUAAUAAUAUAGGUGGUACUAAAAAAUUGUUAUGGAGAGAUAGUGAUAAAACAGGAAGUAUAUCAACGUGGCGUCUAGGAAAAAAUUCUGUAACAAAUCAUAAUUCAAGUAUGAAUCAUAUGAAUAAUAAUAUAAACAAAUUAAAUAAUACAAAUAUAAUAAUGUCACAUAAUAAUAAUAAAAUGGGUGAUAAUAAAAGAGGACAUAAAUCAUUUAAUAAAAAUUAUAAUAAUGAUUCAAAGAGUAAUAUAUCUAAUGAUAUGAAAAAUAGUAUAUCUCAUGAUAUGAACAUGGAUAAUAUGAAUAAUUACAUGCACCAUCAUUAUAAUAAUAAUAAUAGUGAUAUCACAAAAAUGACGAAUAAAAAUAAUUAUGCUAAAGAUAGAAAUAUUAGUCACAUGAAAAGAGAAGAUUAUUACACAAAUGAUAGUCAUUACAAUGAUGGAUUGAAUAAUACAAAUAAUAUUAAUCACAUUAAUCAUAUUAAUCAUAUGAAUAACAAUAAUAACAAUAAUAACAACAAUAAUAAUAAUAAUAAUAAACAUCUGAACAAUAACAAUACUGCUAACAAUUUUGCAAAUAAUCAAGUUCCUUAUAUUCAUCAUAUGAAUAAUAAUGAAAAUGUCGCAGGUGGAACAAACGAUCUUGUUACUGAUCAUUCAAAAAGAAAUGUAGAAAAUUAUAACAAUCAAAACUUUGUCAGUGCAAAUAAAAACAGUAACCUACAAAAUAAUUCAGCAAAUUAUUACAAUAAAGGUGUUAAUAAUAUGGCAAAGAAGACAAGCGAAAUGUAUAAUGCAUCUUCUUAUUAUGGGGUCUCUUCUAAUGUUAAUAAUAAUAUGGAGGAAUGGAAAAUGAAAAAAUACAAAAGGUUCAACAAUAAUAAUAUGAAUAAUAAUAAUAAUAAUAAUGUGAAUAGUAUGAAUAAUAUGAAUAAUAAUGCUCAUUAUAAUAAUCAUCAGCAUAUAAAUAAUAAUACAGGGGCUAAUGAAUCAUAUCGUUUGUUAGAAGAAAAGUUUAAAAAAGAUAGCAAUCAAAAUGAAUAUCCACACAAUUUAUAUAUGAAUAAGAAUAAUGAAUUGAAUAAAAUGAAUCCCAAUACAUUAACCCAUAUGAGAGAUAACAACAACAAUAAUAAUAAUAAUAAUAAUAAUAAUUUUAAUUAUAAUAAUAAUAAUAACUUUAAUUUCAAUCAAAAUCAGUAUGGACAAAAAGGAAGCACCAGUGUUAAUGUUACAAAUAAUAUAAGCACAUCUAAUAAUGCAAAUAAUUCUUUUAAUUAUAUGAAUAAUAUAAGUAAUAAUAAUGAAGUAGUAGAAAAAAAUAAAGGAUAUUAUAAAGACUCCUCAAAUAAAAAUAACAACAACAAUAAUAAUAAUAUCAAUAAUAUCAAUAAUAUCAAUAAUAAUAAUAAUAAUAAUAAUUCUGUUGAAAAUGUGGAAAAUAAUUUAGUUAAGAAAAAUGAAAAAAACAAUACCUCUUCUCACCACUCUUAUGAUAACACAAAAAAUCAAACCACCAAUUUUAUUGGAUCACAUUAUUAUAAUAAAAACUUAAGAACGAACGAAAAAAGAAACUCGAAAAAUGAAAAAAAUGUUAUAGAAGAUGAUUGGAGUUUAAUAAGGAAAAAAAAUAGUAUCACAGAUAAUAAAAAGGCAUCUGAUGAUUUGUUGUGGCAUAAAAUGAGUGAACAAUUUGAUAGAAAUAAUAAAAGCAUAUUAGAAUCGUCGGAGAAAAAAAAAGAUCAAGUUAUUAAUAAAAAUGAUAAUAAAACAGAUGCAAAAAAUAAGAAUAAAGAAUCAUCAAAGGAUAAAAAAAAUGAAGGAUGCAACGUAAAUAAUAAGAAGGAUGAAAAAAAUAAUAAUAAUAAUGAUGACGAUCCAGAUAAUAAUAAUAAUAAUAGUAAUAAUAAUAGUAAUUAUAAUACUAGUGCUCCCAUAACAAAUACUGCCAUUGCUGGCGCAAAAGGAAAAACACAAAAUAAUAACAGCAACAAUAAUAAUAACAACAACAACAAUAAUAAUAAUAACAAUAAUAAUAAUAAGAGUAGUCGUAUGUAUGGACAUUCCAUUUCAUCAAUUAACAAGGAACAUCAUUCAGAUAAAAAUAAUUACAACAAAGACAAAACUGUCAAUAAUAAUAUGUCCAUGUUAAAAAAUAAAAAAAAUAAUGAUAGCGUGCUUUCCACUGGAAGUAAUAUAAAUAGUUUGAAUAAUAUGAUUAAUCAUCUUAAGGAUAACGAUAUGAAUAUAGAUAAAAAAAAAAAAAAAAAUGUAGAAUUAAAUAUCCAUGUUGAAAAAAAUGAAAACCAAUUAAAUUCAAAAGAAGGUAAUAAUUCACCCAAUAAACUUAACAGUAACCAAAAUAAUAACAAUAAUAAUAAUAAGCAGAAGAAGAAAAAAAAAAAAAAUGAAAAAGAUAAUAAAUUGACGAAAAAUGUAGAAGAGAAUGAUAUGAACAAAAAAUCAUACAAUGCAUUAGAUAACAUGACAUCUGAACUAGAAAAAAAGGAUAUUAUAUUAAAUGGAAAUGAUAAAAAAACAAAUAAUAAUAUUAUUCAUAAUAAUGAAAAUCAUAAACGUUUUGAUAAUGAGAAUUAUCUAUUUGGAGAUAACCAAAUUAAUAAUUAUUACUGGGAUAAACAACAACAUAAUAAUAAUAAUAAUAAUAUCAUGUUGAUGGAAAAUAUGCCACAAGAUAACUUGUUACAAAAAAUUAAACAUAAUAGUAUGAGUGCAGAAAAUUUAAAUGAAUGUUUUACACAUAAUGAUAAUGAUCUAUUAUAUAAUGCAGAGGAAUUAAAAUUAAGAGAAUUUAAAAAUAGUCAUAUGAAUCUUACAAAUAAUAAUAUUAUUAAUUACGAUCAAUCAACUUUUGAGGGCAAUUUUUCUAAUGAACACUUUCAAUAUCUUGGAUAUAAUAUUAAUGAAAAUAUAGACAAAGAGAGUAGUGUAUCUAACAUGAAUAUGUCACAUGUGCAUACAAAUAGUUUUGUAGAUAGACAAAAGGAAUAUAUAGUAAAUGAUGAACAUAUACCAUUUAAUAGAUUAGAUAAUGAAAUGAUAUUUAAAAAAAUUGCAGAAAAACUUAAUAUUGAUGAAUCUGUUUUAAAUAAAUUAAGUGAAUAUGAUAAACAGGAGCUUUUAAAACAUUUAUUCUUAAGUAAUACAAAUGUUGAAGAUACAUUAGAAAAUAAUAAUAAUAAUAUGUAUAAUACUUAUCACAUGGACAAUAAUAAUAUGAUGUUAAAUAAUUUUGAUGACCAUUUUAAUAAACAUAAUAUUCCACAAGGUUAUCAUGAUGAACUGGUUGAAGAUAAUGUACAUGCAAAUGUAGAUAUGUUAAGAAACAGAUGUAGUGAAAAAAUAAAUUCUAAUAUACCUUCAAAUGUGUAUUCUGAAUGUAUGCUGAAUAAUAAGUCUAUCGAAGAAAAUAACUUAGACGAUAUAAAUAAUAAUAAUAUUAACAAUAUUAAUAAUGAAGAUGAUGAUAAUGAUAAUAAUGAUAAUAAUGAUAAUAAUAAUAAUAAUAAUGAUAAUAAUAAUAAUAAUAAUAAUAAUAAUAAUAAUAAUAAAGAGACAAAUAAGUCAUCCAAAAAUGAUAACAAAUGGUUACGUUUUUUCAGAUUUAAUAAGAAAGCAAAUCCAAAUGAAGAAAAAAUAUUAAAAGAAUUGUCACAAGAAGAAGAUACAAAUAAUAAACAAGAUAGUAGUAGUAGUAGUAGUAAUAAUAAUAAUAAUUUAUUCAAGAAAUAUUCAAAUAUUAUAGAAAAUACAAAUAAUCAUAUAAAUAAUAAUAUUAUUAAUAAUAAUAAUAAGAUGAAUACUGUAGAUACCUUUCUACCAUGUGAUAUGAAUGAAAAUAAAAAAGAACAAUUAUUUUUAUUAGAAAAAUCGACAUCAAAUUGUGAAGAAGAAACAAGAAAUAGAAAUAAUACAAGUAUUAGUAGUAGUGUUAAUAUAACAUUAGAUAAAAGUACUAAUUCAACCUAUCAGCGAACGAAUUCUUCGAUGAUUAUUAUGCAAAAUGUUAUAGGAAAAAAUAAUAAUAAUAAUAAUAAUAUUAAUAAUAAUAUUAAUAAUAAUAAUAAUAAUGAUACAGUUGGUAAUUCAAGUAGUACAGAAGAUAUUAAUAAAGUUACAAAAAAUAUUCAUGUAAUAAAAGAACAACAAAAAGUAAAUCAGACAUCAUUAAAAAUUGAUGAAAAUGAUGAAGAAAUAAAUUUUAAUAAUGUCAUCUUAAAAAAUAUUAAAAUUAUGAAUAGUAUAAAUAAAUUAAAUGGAGAUAUAUGGCAAUAUAAAGAUCCAAGUGGUAAUAUACAAGGACCUUUUUCUUCAGAACUUAUGUUUUAUUGGUGGUGUUUAAAUUAUUUUCCUUAUGAUUUACCUAUACGAUUUAAUGAAAAUAUGCCAUGGAUUCGAUUUAAUGAUAUGUUUCCAUUUGGAUCAUUUCCAUUUGUAUUACCUUUAACUCCUAUGAAAAGAAAUAUAAAAAAUGUAGAACAACAAGAGGACAUUGAUAGUUUUAAUAGUAAUAUGACAAAUAGUAAUGUAAUAAAUAGUAAUAUAUUAAAUAAUAAUAUGAUUAAUCCACAUAUGUUGUUCAAUAAUAUGAACAAUGCAAAUCUUAUGAAUGCUCAACCAUUUAAGAAUAUCAUAUCUGAUAGUAGUAGUAAUAAUAAUAAUAAUAUUAAUCAUUUUAACAGCUUGAAGAAUCAUUCAUUUAACGCAAAUGCAGGGGAAACAAUAUAUAAUAUAAAUAAACAAGAAUAUAUGAACGAAUUAAAACAAGAACUUUAUAAUGCGAAAGAAUAUAUUGAUUUGCUUAAAGAAAAAAAAAUGCAACUUGAAACUUGUCUCAUACAAUUACAAAAAAGAGAUCAAACAGAUGAAGAUGAAAUAAAAAUGAUUGCCCAGUAUAAUAAAAAUUUGGAAGCUUUGAAUAAAAUUAUUUAUAUGGAACAAGAAAAAUUUCUAAGAAUGAGCAAUAUUAAUAAUAUGAACAAUAUGAAGAUUAUGUAUGAUAUGAAAAAUAGUAUGAAUAAUAUAUAUAAUAAUAAUAAUAAUAAUAAUAUACAAUAUAUAAACAAUAUAGAAAUUGAAAAUAUAACUAAUCCAUAUAAAACAAUUGGAGAUGAUAAUAAUAAAAAGGAUUCUUUAGAUUUAUUAAAUAAUCAUUUAAAAUCUGAUAAGUUCAAAAAUGAAGUAAAAGAUGUAUUAAAAAUUAAUGCUACAGAUAGUGCUAUGAUAAAUAAUUAUCAUAUGAACAUAAAAGAAAAUAACUCUACAACAUUAAGAGAUUCUCAUCAUUAUAUCACAACAACAGCAACAACAAAUCAAAACAAUAAUAAUAAUAAUAAUAAUAAUAAUAAUAGUAAUUUAUUAAAUACAUUGAAUACAUUUCUUUCCGAUAAAAAUAAUUCAUUGCAGGCAAUGAACCCAUCCGUUCUAUUUAAUGACAAAUUAAAUUAUCUAACCAACAAAUUACUACAAAACAAAAAAGAAAAUAUUCUUCUCAAUCUAAAUAAUAAUAUGAAUGAAAUGGAUAUUUUAAACUUUCUUCAUAUGGAACAAAAAAAAAAUAUCUCUCAAGAAAAUAUUAAUUUACAUAAUGAAAAGGAUAAUUAUAAUGAAACUGCAAAAAAUAGUAUAUAUAAUGAUAUGGAUUUAAACUACAACAAUGAUAAUAAUGAUAAUAAUAAUGAAAAUAAUGAAGAUAAUGAAAAUAAUGAAAAUAAUGACAAUAAUAAUAAUAUCCAAAUAGAUAAUCUCUUACAUAAAUUUAUCUUGAAUAAUGAUGCCAUAAAUUUACAAAAUGAAAAACAAAACAACUCAAAUAUAAACAACUUAUCAAAUAAACAAUCUAAUAAUAAUAUAAAUCCUGAAUUAUCAUCCAUUGCAAACAAUAAUAAUGUAAAAGUAAAAAGUGAAGAUAAAAUCAUGGCAACACUAGAUAAUACUAUUACACAUAAAGAUAAUACUAUUAAACAUGAAGAUAGUAAAAAGAGAAAAUCCAUUGCAACUACAACUACUACAACAACAACAACAAUAACAACAGCAACUUUAAUUAAGGAACCAAAAAAAAGUGAACAAGAAGAUGACAAGAUUAAUAAAAAUAAUAAUGUCUCCAUGACAAAAAAAGAAAAAAAAAAUAAAAAAGAAGAAAAUAAAAUCUUAGAUAAUGAAAAAGAAAAAUUAAAAAAGAAAAGCCAAGUUAUUGAAAAUAACUCAAAAGAACAAUUAACUGAUUUAAACAAAGAAAAAAAAGGAAAAAAUAAAAAAAAGAGAAAAGAUGAAACAAUAGAUAAUACAACAAAUAUCAACAAUAAUAUAAUGACAAACACUGUAGGAAAAAAACAAACAAAUAAAAGUGAAGAGACUUUAAAUCAAUUAGUACAAGAAGAAACAAUAACAAAAAAACAUAAAAAAGAUAGUAAAGUGGGAAUACCUUCAAAAGUGGAAGAAGACAAAAAAUGUAAUAUAAAAAAUGACAACAAAAAUAAAAAUAAUCAAAAUAAUCAAAGUAAUCAAAGUAAUCAAAAUAAUCAUAUUAUUAAUAACAAUCAACCCUUAAGCAAUAAUGUUGAAGAGAAAAAAAAAGGAAGCAUAAUAGAAAUCAAAAAAAACGAAAAAACCAAAGAAACAAAUAAUAAUGCACCAAAAAAAAAAGUAGAAAAAAUGAAAUGGUCUAUAUUAAGUGAUAGAAAAAUAGAUAAACUAGUAGAUAUAAUGAAAGUAGAAGAAAAAAAUAUAAAUAUGCAAAUUAAAUUAGAAAAUUCUAAAAAAAAAUUAUUAAAUAAUAUGAAUAAUAAUAUGAAUACGAAAAAAGCUGGAUGGGAUAUUAAUCAUAAUAAUAAUGAAAAAAAUUCAGAUGUUGCUGACUUCCCAUAUUUAACAACAGGUGUUAAAACAAGUAAAGUUAAAACAUCAAAUAAAAAUAAUGGAAAUAAUAAUAAAGUUAAUACAAACAAUCAAGAAAUUAAUCAAAGCGACAAAAAAAAUAAUAACAAUAAAAUUAAUGAAAAAAAAAAAUGGAAAAAUGAUAAUAAUGAUAAUAAUUUAUUAAUAGCUGAAGAAAAUAAAAAAUUCCCACCUCUUGUUAAUUCUCUUAACGUUAAAUCCGAAAAUAAAAAAAAAUCAAUUACCCAUGAACAUCAAGCAACAGAUUUAAAGCAAUUAACAGCAUUGUGCAAAUUACCCUUGGAUGAUUCAUUACUAAAUUUUUUGAAAAAUUUUAAAAAAGCUGAUGAAAUAUAUGCUUUUCUUCAACAUAGUGUAGAGGAUAAAAAAAAAUUAAACCAUUUUGCUAAUGAAUUUAUCAGAAUAAACAAUAAAAAUAAUACAAAUAAUAAUGAAAAAAAAAAAAAAUAA